GGUAGCAUUAUCGAAGCAGAAACAGACGGGUACACUUUCGCCUUCUUUGCAUUUAAUUUAAAAAUAACACGAAAUCCUAAAAUAUAAGAAAGCAACAAUGUGGUUUGAUGAGAGCCCCCGCAUCCGCUUGGUUCCAUUGGAGAAUCCGCCUGAACUCAUCCGCUACUCGAUCCUGGCGACCAAGUUCGGCCGCAUAAUGAUGGGCAUUGUGGAUAUAAACAAAAAUGAAGACGCAAUUUGUUUGCUUUACUUCGUGGAGAAAAGCGACAAGGAUACUUUGAAGGAACUGGGUCAGCGUUGGCCAAAGUCAGAGCUCCAGCAGGACGACAAUCUUGUCCAGAGUGUGGCCAACAAACUCUUUGAAGCCGACAAGGAGAACAACGAAGCAACUCCAAUUGCUAUCCUGGGCACCGAAUUCCAGCAGUCUGUGUGGUCGGCCUUGGUGGGUCUAAAAAGUGGGGAGACCUGCACCUAUUCCCAACUGGCGGAACGCAUGGGUCGUCCGAAAGCAGUGAGAGCCGUGGCCAACGCGGUGGCCAAGAACGAGGUAGCCAUCCUAAUCCCCUGCCACAGGAUCGUGUCGCAAAACGGAGCCACCAAAUACCACUGGGGCUCGUCCCUCAAGCAGCAGCUGCUCGCUUUCGAAAACUCUUUGGUCAAUUAAAAAUUGUUACUUGUGUCUUUAUUGAAACUCA